AUGGACUGGUGUGAGGCCCGGAGGUACUGCCGGACACACCACACUGACCUAGUCAGCAUCAGCAACCAAACACAGAAUCAGGAAGUGAUUAGCAAAGGAAAGAACAAAACCUUCUGGAUUGGACUGUUGCAUGAUGAGUGGGAGUGGGACGAUGGAGGAUGCUCUACAUCCAGAAACUUUCAACCAGGCUAUCCGGCUGAGGCUGACAAUAACUGUGUGGCUGUUCGUGGUUCCAAAUGGAAGCAGUGGAGUUGUACGAACGAAGCAUAUUCACUAUGCAGCAAAGGCUCAAUGAAAAUUAAAGUGAUCAAUCAGAAGCUGACCUGGGAGCAGGCUUUUGACUACUGCAAGGAAAACCACAAAAGCCUCCUGUGGAUCAAGGAUGACCGUGACCAGAAUAUAACAGAGCAGUGGCUAGAGCAGUUGAAUGUUUCUGGUCCACUGUGGCUCGGCCUGACGCAGAGUCGUUGUUGGGAGGUACACCAACUGGAAGGAUGA